AUGGAAACAACCACGGCCACCCUCCCCCUCGCGGCAGCAGCCCCCGCGCACCGCCCCGCACGCCGCCUGACCCGGCACGCGCGAGUGCAGCCGGCCACGAUCUUCCACCCACAGGACCCGAGCCUCUCGCCAGAAGCGCACUUCCCGCUGCAGACCGUCUCGGGCCCGGACCGCGCCCCCUUCCCGCGCUUCAUCAACCGCUUCGACAGCCGCGAGAUGCUGCUGGUCGUCGACGGGUCCUGCGUCAACAACGGCCGGCACGCCAACCGCCUCGCCGACCCCACCGGCGGCUGGGCCUUCGUCUUCAAGGGCGCGGGGUCGAGCACUCCCACCCCGCCGGGCAUGCCAUCCCACCACCACCACCACGAGCCUGGGACCACCCCCCCUAACGCCGCCACUUUACCACCCGCAGCAGGGCGCGUCGCCUUCCCGCUGGAGCGGCACGGCCCGUCCGGGGAGCGGGCAGAACCCACAUCCAACCGGGCAAAACUGCGGGCGGUGAUCGGGGCGCUGCAGUUCCGGGCGUGGGGCGACGAGGGGUGGCGGCGGGUGGUGGUGCUGACGGACCUCGAGUACGUGGUCUGGGGCGCCACGCGCUGGCUGCCGCGGUGGGUGGCGCGCCGCUGGCGGAAGCCGCGCCAUUGCCCUGGGGGUGGGCGGCGGUAUGGGAAUCGGGAUUUGUGGGAGGAGCUGCAGGCGACGGUGGAGGAGUUGCGGGUUGGGGGGUGUGAGGUUUCGUUUUGGUUGGUGAGGGGGGGCGAGGUGGAGGUGGGGGAUGGGGGGGAUGGGGGGGUUAUGGCGCGGGCGAAGGAGGCGGCGAGGCGCGCGGCGAGGGGGUUUGAGGGGGAGGAGCCGGAUGCGUUUACGAAGAUUUCGGGGGCUAUGGUGUGA